CGCCUCCGUGCGCGCCGGGGUCACGACGCAAGGCGGCCCAGAGCAGCCUGGGAGAUGUAGUCCUCGGACCGUCCCCGCUAGAGGCUGCACAGCCCGCCCUGACCACUGCCGCCGCGCCCGCCGCCGCCCGGCCGGCGCCCUCCCGUUUCCUUCCUCCAGGGGGAAAAAUGUCCUUCGGGCCGCUUUCCAGGAAGCAGCAGGAUGUGCCGCUCCACUGUCAGUAGCAACAAGGGACAGCUUUGGCGGGAGGAAAGAGCUGUUGGCUAAAACGAAUGCGUCUUUUGGACGACCUGUGGCGUUCUCCAGUGCUGUGAUUGCUGCGCAAACCAUGCAGGAUGAUUUACUGAUGGACAAAAGCAAAACCCAGCCCCAGCAGCAGCGGCAGCAGCAGCAGCAGCCCCAGCCCGAACCCAGCGCAGCCGAAGCCCCGUCCACGCCCCUCUCCUCAGAGACCCCCAAGCCGGAGGACAGCAGCGCAGUGCCGGCCCUCAGCCCCGCCGCGGCCCCGCCGGCCCCCAACGGCCCCGACAAGAUGCAGAUGGAAUCGCCGCUCCUGCCGGGCUUGAGUUUCCACCAGCCCCCUCAGCAGCCGCCGCCGCCGCCGCAGGAGCCCGCGGCGCCAGGCGCGUCGCUGUCGCCGUCCUUCGGCAGCACCUGGUCCACGGGCACCACGAACGCGGUGGAGGACAGCUUCUUCCAGGGGAUCACCCCAGUCAACGGGACCAUGCUCUUCCAGAACUUCCCGCACCACGUCAACCCAGUCUUCGGAGGCACCUUCUCUCCGCAGAUCGGCCUGGCGCAGACCCAACACCACCAGCAGCCGCCGCCGCCGGCGCCGCAGCCCGCGCAGCCCUCGCAGCCCCCGCAGGCGCAUUGUUAA